AUAGCCUUUCCCUGCCUGCUCGUACUUGUCUCCCUGCUGAGACUAGUGUCUGGGAGGAAAAGGGACUGGCCAGCGGUGGGUGGGAGGCAGAGGCUGGGUUAACCUUAUCUGUCUCCGCUAGUCAUUUAUCCUCUGUCAUAGCAACAAGAGCAAACACUCACUUAGUUGCUAAGGUUUCUCAGGGAUAAUGGGGUCUGGUGCUCCGAGCAGAGAGUAAUUACACUGCCUCUUUGAGGGAGCAGCGGCUAAAAGGAAAAACAGGCCAGCACGGUACCUGGUGCAAGCUGGGAGUCCUGGGGGAGGUGAUGCCCUCAAAGCAGGCAAGUUAAUUACACCGACACAACUUGGCUUGGGAAUUGGGAACUCUUCUCUGGCCAACUGUUUAAUUUUUAUUUUUUUAAAUUAAGUAUUUUAAAAAAAAUUGCUUAAUUAAUUUCCUAUAAAAACAAAUUAAUAUAGACACGAGCUGCUUAGCUGAAAUAACCAGGCAAAUAAAAGCUGACUGGAGAGCUCCUUGUGGGCCUGUAUAGGACAUUUUUGUAUUUGCAGGGCUCCGAGGAAUUCAUGCUUCGUGGGCACCUGUAAUCAGCCCAGCUGCAGGAGGGCUCAUGCAGGCUGUGCUUUCACUGCCGUGAGGAGGUGUUUUUUACUGCAAUGACUGCCUCAAUGUCAACAAGACCCUUCAGUUUUAACUUUCAUGUAGUCAAGGUAAAGUCAAAAUGUGUUUGAGGUGGAGGAGUGGGGAAGGGGCUUCGUGUAGUGAGAUGAUGCUAAAAGUGUACAUGAGCUGGAAAAGCAAGCUGAUAAAUUUCGGACAGAAUGUUAAGGGUGUUAAAUACAGAGCUACAGCCUGGUUCAGGGAGUGCAUGAUCCAGGAAUCUCUGGAGGCUGGGAGGGUAUUCUGGAAAAGUAUUGCUGUGUUGUGCUCUGUUCUUACACUCUUCUUUAAGCAUCUGCUUUUGGAGCUGGUCAGAUAGCAGGUACCAUGCUCACUGGACCUUUGGCAUGACCUGCUACAGCUGUGCUCUGUUAUUAAGGUAAAGAUACGUGAUGUUCAUGUUGCUAUUCUGCUGAGAAGACUGGCCUUCUUUCACAGAAGAGCCUGAAAUUCUUUGAAAGAGCAUCAUGUCAAAGGGCUGUACUGAUGUCUGCGUACUGCCAUCAGCUGGGGCUAGCUCUAGGACAUGCCGACAUGGCAACCUUCUGCCAUAGUGGCUGCCAUUUGUAGUUGGUGCCAAAUGUGCUGGUUAUUGGAAUGCAGAUCUGGAGUACAUCCAGAAACACCUCCUGCUGAUGUUCUGCUGCUGCUUCAGGAAGGUGUGCCAGCCACAGGAUUCAUGGCUGUGUGGCUUGGUAGGGUGGCGUAGAAGGGGGCUUGCCUCUCCCCAGCCUGUGUCUGGAGGAUGUGCUGCCCCACAGCCGGCUGCAGCUCGCCUUCAUCCUCUAGGCCAAGAAGUGGGAACUGUCCAGUGGGAAGGAUCCUGCUCACUUUGCUGUCUCGUGGUUGCUCUGUAGGGUUGUGGGGCCAAGUCACCAGUGUGACCCUGCUGCUUGCUCCCUUCAUUCAGACCCCACCUAAAGAUUUCACCCUCACAGACCAAACUCACGUUCUCUGGCUACAGAGUCUAAGUCUCAUCAUGGAGAUGGCAGAAGUUGUGCUACAUCAGAGCUGCAGGCAGAGAUGUGCUCAGUUAUACAUCCUCCGAAAUGCUCCUGGCCCCAUGCAAAGGGUUGGCUCUCUGCAGGGCAGCACUCCUUCCUUGCAGUGCUCCCCUUAGCUUCUGUGCCAAGGGCAGCCAGGUGGACUUAGAUUUAAUGGGUUUUGUUUCACAUGACUUCCUCCAUCAUUGGAAAGGAACAAAUAGGUGGAGGGUUUUUUAAAGCAGGUCAUAGAAUAUCGGUAAGAGCUCCCUUUUUCUUAAUUCAAGUAAAAAGUGGAAUCUUGGAGUGGGAAGUUUCCUUUCUGUAACACUAAGUACUUGUGCUUCCCCUGUAUUCUGUAUGCAGUGUACUUGCAGCAGGACCAAGAACUGGAUUUCUUUUCUCUCUCACUGCUAGAGACUGGCUGCUUCUGCCCUUCGUUAGCUUGUUGAGAGGAGCAGAGAUCAGGGAGGGGUCAGCUCAGUGAGGUGUGUGCUAACUGGAGCAUUUUUGAGUCAGCAGUAGAGGCUGACUGCAGGAGAGGGCUGUUUCACCACAGCCCAUAGAAAUGACUCCCCUGUCUGGCGUGGUUUUGCUAUCUUAGUGUUUCUGAUUAGGCUGAUUCCAUCGUACUUCUUGUCCUGUACCGAGAUAAGAGGGGGGAUGCUUCACGCCUUCCAGAUACUGGUGCCAUUAUCUCUGGCAUCGUUCCUGUGGCCACACAAGAUAUUCCUUUCCCUCCCGUCCUGCAAGUGCUCCUGUUUCUGCCCCAGCAGACUGUGGCCUGCAGUCCUGUAUCAUUCUUGUUUCCUUUUCCAAGGUAGUUGUGUCAAACCACACCAGACUUUUUUCAGAGGCCAAGGUACAAAGCCACUUGCAAUGCCAGUUUACAUCAGAGGGAGCAGUAGAUACCCGAUGCUGCCAAAAGAAAAUGCUCCCAUAAAUAUUUGAGGGAAUAAUCUGUCUGAAGACUGGUUUGGGAUAUGGUGGAUCUCUAGGCUGUGUUUUGUUUUCCUUCUCUCUUUGCAGAUGCUGCUUGGGGAAUGGUGAACAGAAAGCAUAUGCUGAGUAACAAGAGGCAAAAGAGCAUGACAUUGCUUGUUUUUGUUCAGUCAUGCUGAGAAAAGUGCACUGUGGUAUGAGGCUGGAGAAUGUGUUUAGGUCUCUCCUGAGAAAAAUGCAUAGCUGAUGUGCUCUAUUCUGACUUGCCUUCAGCUCUGUUAGAGCAGAUAAAGCACUGCAGAGGAGGGGCAGACGUAUUCAGUGUUGCUUUCCACCCUGAAAGCACAGCUGCUGGCAAAGCAAACUCCUCUGCCCUGACCAUGGUAUGGGGCUCGUCUCCAGCUUGGGCUUUUAUGCUAAACAUCCCACAGCUGCCAAGCGCCGGUUGCGUUGGUAUGGUUGUGCGCGUUCAGCUUCGCCAGUGGAUGUUGAGUGUGUGGGCUGUGCUGUUCUUCAGGUGUGCGUGAGGGAAGAGCAUGUGGCAUAUCUGAAGAGUAAUUUAAUAUAUGCAUUUCUGUGUGGGGGUACGUGUGCAUAUAGUCCUAUAAUAACACAUCAGAGGCUUGGAAAAUAUCUGGAAGAUCCCAGGUCAGCCGUUCUCUGUGAAAUUGUAGCUUCUCUCUGCUUCUAACACCGGCAUGGGGGCGGGAGCCUCCGUGUUCUUUUACUGUUAAUGCUUGAUUGCUCCCCUGUGUGUGAGCUGCUGUGGGACGUGUGCGGGGACCGCGUUUUCUUCUUCCUUGAGAUUGUGAAGAUGAAAAGAGCAGGAGGUGUUAUGGGACAAAAUGGAAAUGCAAACCCACAGCAUGUGUGGCACUGAGCAGAGUGGGGGUGCUUGGUAAAUCGAAGAUGCCAGGGUUCAAGGAUUUUUCUAGGGAUGAUCCCUUUCAAAAAUGAUCACCUUAACUAAUGUAGUAAAGGUUUAAAAAAUUGUGUGUGACCCUUCUGUCUUUCCGUCCUGUCUCAACCCUCUUUCUCUGCCAGACCUUUCCUGCAGCCUCCCAUCUCCUCCAUGCCUCACUUUGCUGUACAGUUGGACUGUGCUGCUGAGCAUUAUGCUGAAUUGUUAGAGCCUUUGCCCUUUUUAUACCAUUGUCCCCUUGCACUAAAAGAACUGUAGCUUUGUGUAGAAUUCCUUCUCUUCUCUCCUGCCUGUUGUAAGCAUUGAGUUUUCAGACAUCUCUCCAGAAAUUGGAUGGUCAGGAAGGAGGGAACUGGUUCAUGGUAACUGUUUCGGCUCUCAGGGCUGACAUGGGGUUUGGCAGGAGACAGCUGUCAGUUCUCUAACACGGGUUAGUUAGUGUUUCUGUGCCGGGGGGUGAGCGUGGUGUGUGUGGCCCAGAUGAGCUCAGCAUAGGGAGAGAGAGAUCAAUUUGCACAAGCUGUGUGCCUGCCUGUGUAAGAGGGCCAAGGCCGUGCAGCCUGUGGUGCCUCUGUGCCUGCCACAGAAGCAGAAAGCUCUGUGUGUCAGCAGUAGAUAGCAAGUGUAGGUGCAGCACGCUGAACCCCAGGCACUGGCUGGGGUAAGUCUGCUGUGGAUUGAGCCUGGAACAUGUGUUUUCUUGGGAACUAUUGCACAGUUGGCAGGUGAUGUACCUUGCCUGCUAUUGUAUCUGAUUUGUGUUUGCCAAACAGCGUUAACCACUUUAUCUCUGCCCAGCAGGUAUGGUUUUAAAACCGGCAAGUGUCUGUUCUGGGGAAAGUAAGUAUUAAUACCUGGAAAUUUAUGCAUUAGGGCUCGUGAGACUCUUGCUUUGUUGGAGAGCAAAUCCAGCUGGAUAAAAGCUCGGUACAUCAAGACUGCUUUUGCCUCCAUGGAAAUCUUUUGGCUGUGUCUGUCCCUUGGUGUUUUCUGUUCAUGUGAGCUGCUGGUAGGACUCUGAACAGCUUAGCUGCAAAGUCCCUUUUGGGGAUGUGUUUCUCCCAUGAGUGCGUGGAAGUUGGGUCUUGCUGCCUUUACUGAUCAGUUCACAGUGAAAUUGUCAUUGAACACAAGGAUCCACUGGUGUGACCAUGCUGCUUACAGGAGUCGCAGUAGGAGAUCUGUUGCAAGAGGUGCUGUCUUAAACAUCAGAGAAUGCAAACAAGCUGCUAUUGUGGGCUGUAGUUAUAAAUAUCAGGCUAUUAUGGAGGCAGUUUUAAUGAACGAAAUGACUUGCCACUAUUCAUGCUGAUUGUCGCGUGGGUUUUUGUUUGUUACCCCAUUAAGAGGUUAAAAAAAGCAACUGUAGCUUCUUUGUGUCCUUUAGAGUGGCUUUCUCUGUCAGUGCUGCAGUGUUGGGGCUCUAGAGGUGGUGGGGCAGAGAUUAUUCUUACAAACAAUGCUUUUCUCUAGUUUGAAAUGAAAAAUCAGAACUGACAAAGAGCCUCUGGCUUUUUUUUCAGCGUACCAUAAAAUCUAAACUUCCAGCCUUGUCUUCAAGGUAUUUGAAGGUGUGAUCCCUGCCUCUCCUCCUCAGCCUGGUGCCAUGGCCGACACGAUUUUUGGCAGCGCGACAGGCCGGUGGGUGUGCCCCAAUGACCGGCAGCUGGCAUUGCGUGCCAAGCUCCAGACGGGCUGGUCAGUGCACACGUUCCAGACUGAGAAGCAGAGGAAGAUGCAGGCUCUGAGCCCGCAGGAACUUGAGGUCAUUCUGGAAGUCAUCCGCAAGGCGGAGAAAUUGGACAUCAUCGAGCAGCAGCGCAUUGGGCGCCUGGUGGAGCGGCUGGAAAACAUGAGAAAGAACGCGAUGGGCAACGGCCUCUCCCAGUGUCUGCUCUGCAGUGAACUUCUUGGGCUGCUGGGCAGUGCAUCGGUCUUUUGUCAGGAUUGCAAAAAGAAAGUUUGCACCAAGUGUGGAAUAGAGACCUCUGGAACGCAGAAACGUCCUCUUUGGUUGUGCAAGAUCUGCAGUGAACAGAGAGAGGUUUGGAAGAGGUCUGGCGCAUGGUUCUACAAAGGGCUGCCCAAGUACAUCACGCCUUUGAAGAGCAGCAGCAAAUCCAGUGAGCUGCCCUCACAGCCUUGGCAAAGCGAGCCAGCCGUGCCAGAGGCAGAGAGCAUCGGGACCAGCCGAUCCUUCACCUGGGCCAGGGGAAAAGUGGUUUCUAGCGACAGUGAGAGCGACUCGGAGUUCAGUUCCUCCAGCCUGGAUGACAAGCCUUUACCUGCGGGGUCAAAAGGCUCACAAAGCAGAAAGCACCGAGCAGGACUGGCACCCAUUGGGGAACCCAGCCAGGCCAUGGGCAGGGUGCUGGGGAGCACCCACUCCCCUGCUCUCUCGGGGAGCCGCAGCAGCCUGGGCAGUGAGCAGGGGGCUGCCCUCAGCGCCACGGAGAGCUGCCAGGGCGACCAGCCGGCAGAUGGGCAUGACAGUGAUGUUGGCAGCAGAGUCCCCGGCAAACGGUGCAUCCACACCAGGACGCAAUGCUGAUGAAGGUGAAGAUGGAGUUGCUUUGCCUGGAUCCAACGUUUGUCCCUUGCCCGCUCCUGUAGACCUCACUCCAGACGACAACUGCUGUCGGUGGUGACU